CGGUAGCAGCUGCUAUGGUCUUUAUUUUUUCACUGUUCGUCGAGUUUUCGUUCAAGUUGGUGAAAACUAAAGAUUACAAAAUCAAUUUAUUAUCCUGCUAACUUAGUUACUGCUUGCGCUUUUCAAGUUUGACUUUUAAUAGUAGUUUAUCAAAAAUUAGACUGACUGUAGCUGAAAAUGGGACUGCUCAAGCUCAAUACAGUGGCAGUUUUCUGCCUGCUGAUUUUUUUCAUUGAUCUUCAACAAUGUUCCGGAUCUGAAACGACAGCCGCAUCCACCGAGUCAGUGAUGAUGCCUUCGAACAGCGUGAACAGCCGACACGCUCAGGCAGUCGGCUACGAGAUAGAAGAUGUGGCCGACGACACUGCCGACUACUGUCUCAAGAUAAAAGAAGAGGCGAACAAAACGUACAUUGAAGCCGACGAUGCUAAAGCCGAAUUCGGACUCUCCGACGAUGUCUCGGAGCAAGAGGCGUCCGAUUACUACAACUACGCGAUGCGAGAAGCGGUAAAGAUUAUGGAACUCGCCGAUGAGUGUGUUUCGGCAAUGAUGUAUGCAGUGAGCAAAGACGGCAACCUCGUCGUCAAAUCGGAGUCCUUGGCGAUGACCGUCGAUGACCCGAACGCCAACUUGACCGAAGUUAAGUUCACGAUCGACGACAUCCGAAUGGACAUCUCAGUGUACCAAAUGAAUAUUACAAUAUGGGCUCACGAGUUCACAGAGCGUGCCGACAACAUAGUGGCCGCUCUUCGGGACGCAAUGCAGGAGAUCUCGGAGGAGGAGGGGGCUUCGGCGGAGGCACUGGACGAUGCUAAGGAUACAAAGAAUGAGAUCAAAUACUACACGGAAGGCAUAAUCGAAUAUGCAGAAGAUAUGAAAGACGACGGGGAUGAAUCAUUCGAAGACAUGAAUGAAGACUUGGAUGACCUCGCUGCUAAUCUGAAAAUGAUCAUGUAAACUAGCUGAAUUAUUUAUAUGCACUAACCAUACCCAAUUACUUAAAUAUCACCAAAGGUAAUCAACAUAUUAGAUACAUAAUCAAUAUAUUACUUAAUUAUAAUGAAAUCGGGGAUUUUACUAUUCGAUACUCUGGGGGUGUUAUAUUGAAAUAAAUGGUAUAUUUUCA